AUGAGGCGUUUAUUUGAUCGCGACCGCAACGGCGUUGUCACCUACGACGAGUGGCGGGACUUUUUAUUAUUAUUUCCGUUGAAUACAAAUAUUUCAGCGGUUUAUGGUGUUAUUUUUUCAGACCCGUUAGUGGAUAUCGGCGAGAGCGUUAUUAUUCCGGAAGGAAUUUCUCUUCAGCAAAUUGGAAAAUAUUUUGUGGCUGGCGGAAUUGCUGGCGCUUCUUCACGUACUGUUACCGCGCCACUGGACCGUCUAAAAGUUUUACUUCAAGUGCAGUCUAGUAAGAACCCGAAAUAUAAAGGAAUAAUAAAUGGUUUUAGAACGAUCUAUAAAGAGUCUGGCAUAACCGGAUUUUGGAGGGGCAACGGUAUAAAUGUUUUGAAAAUCGCUCCAGAGACGGCCGUAAAGUUUUUCUCAUAUGAACAAGUAAAAAAGUGGUUAAAUGCCGAUUCUGAGCAAAUAAGUAUAAAAAUGAGACUAAUCUCUGGAGGAUUAGCAGGACUUACAGCACAAGCCGCUGUCUACCCUCUUGAAGUUUUGAAAACUCGCCUAAUAACGCAAGAAAAACGACUGGGAUUGGUGAAAACUUUUACGGGUAUUUUAAAGAAGGAGGGAUUGGUUGCUUUUUUUCAAGGCAUCAAACCGGCGUUGUUGGGGGUUGUCCCGUUUGCAGCGCUUGACUUGAGCGUGUUUGAAAGCUUAAAACGUUCUUAUAUGAAUCGCCGGGACCGCCAUCCCAACGCUUUAGUAACUUUAGCAUGCGGAACUGUUUCAAGUGCAAUAGCCGUAACAGCAGUGUAUCCAUUAUCUUUAGUACGCACUCGUUAUUAUUUGAACAUAGUGUCUGCGAAAAGUGACAAGUGUUCAUGUACUCUCGCCUUACAAAAUCUUUACCAAAUGGAAAAAUCUGUGGGGGUGACCCUUCAUUUAGGUUAUACCAACCAUUAUUCAAAGCAUGUUUUCAACGGCGAGCUCAUACAAGAGCGCUUUAUAUUCUUCAGUACCGCAAUAGGCUCUGCCGUACCUUCGCAGCAGCUCAACUGA